AUGAGGUGGAUGGUGAUAAUUGUUCGUGGCCCCGAAAACGGCAGUAAGCCAAAGGCUCAGCAGGGUGAAGGGCGAGGCGCUGGGUGGGCUCGGGAUGAGUUUGAAGUCCUCUUCAAGCAGCCAGCAGAAAUUGUCAACCAGUACCUCACGGACCCCAAAUUUGUGGAGGAGACACUACACCUGGCAGGCAUCCAGCCUUUGGAAGUGUUGCAGACUGUGCACCGUAGUCUGGUGUUGCAUUGGCCACAGACCUGGGCUGACUGUGUGACCUGGGCCUACCACCACUGGCACUCCCAGUAUUCAGACAACAUCCGGCAGUUGCUGCACAGCUUCCCUCCAGACCGGCUAACAAGCUCGGGAGCACUGUUCUGGUCUGGGCCCAAACGCUGUCCACAUCCACUCACCUUUGAUGUCAACAAUCCCCUCCAUCUGGACUAUGUGAUGGCUGCUGCCAACCUGUUUGCCCAGACGUAUGGACUGACGGGGUCUCAGGACAGAGCUGCAGUGACCACCCACCUGCAGUCUCUGCAGGCCCCCAUGGAUCCUGGUAUCAGGAUCCAUGCUUCUGACCAGGAGCUGCAGGGCACCAGUGCUUCUGUCGGUGACGAUUACCUGGAGAAAAUCAGAGCUAAGCUUCCGAGUCCAGAAGCUAAGCUUCGUGGAUUCAAGAUGUACCCCAUUGACUUUGAAAAGGAUAACGACAGAAACUUCCACAUGGAUUUCAUUGUGGCUGCAUCCAACCUCCGUGCAGAGAACUAUGGCAUUUCCCCUGCAGACCGACAUAAGAGCAAGCUGAUUGCAGGGAAGAUCAUCCCAGCCAUCGCAACAGCCACAGCUGCUGUGGUAGGCCUUGUGUGUCUGGAGUUAUACAAGGUGGUUCAGGGACACCAAAAGCUUGAGUCCUAUAAAAACAGUUUCAUCAACUUGGCUCUGCCCUUCUUCAGCUUCUCUGAGCCCGUUGCCCCACCCCAUCACAAGUACUAUAACCAGGAGUGGACAUUGUGGGAUCGCUUUGAUGUACAGGGACUGCAGUCUAAUGGUGAGGAGAUGACACUCAGGCAGUUCCUAGACUACUUUAAGACAGAGCACAAACUGGAAAUCACAGUGCUGUCUCAGGGUGUGUGCAUUCUCUAUUCCAUCUUUAUGCCGGCUGCCAAGCUCAAGGAACGAUUGGAUCAGCCGUGAGUUGGCAGCUGGGCUGGUGGGAAGAGGCCUUGUAUGGGACCCUCAGCUUCCAGUAACUGCUUUUACUAGCCUGCCUCACUGUAAUAUUAGGUGCACAUUUAGGUUUCUCUUAACUAACAAGUGGUUUAUCAGGAUGAUUCCUGUAUGUGUAUUGAACGUAUUAUAAGCAGGUUUGGACAUUGUGGGAUCAGUUUUAUGUAAAAGGACUGCAGUCCAGUAGUGAAGAGAUGAAUCUCUAAUGGUGAGGAUGUGACCUUCAAGACAGAUGGCCCUACCUCCCUUCUGGAGAUAGUGGUUGCUAAGAUGAUUUUGCACUGUCCAUCUCACUGACAUUGUUGUUCCCCUCCUUUCACCUCUUCUCUAUGCAGAGCACAACUGGAGGUCACUAUGCUGCCCCAGGGUGUGUCCAUUCUCUGUCCAUUUUUAUGCCAGUUGCCAAGCUUAAGGAGUGAUUGAAUCAGCAGUGGGGCUGUCAACUGAGUGGGUGAGAAGGAGCCUUCUGUCGGAUCUUUGCCUUCCAGCGAUAGCCCUCAAAAUUGUCUUUCUGCCUUCUUUUCCCCACCUGUCCUUCCUAACUUGCUUUCUUCCUUCUUGAUCCUCAGGAUGACAGUGAUUGUGAAUUUGUGUCAAAACAAAAAUUGGGCAGAUGUACCUAUACUUGAGCUGAAUUGCAACAGUAAGUGUAAAGGGAAUGUCGAGUUCCUUAUGUGCAAUACAUCAUCUACUGGGGUCCAUGGCUACAACUUUAUCUCAAACCCCAGUAGUCUAUUUGCAGAUCCCUUCUAGUUCUAAUAAAAGCUGAGUCCAGCCAGGUGCAUAUGCCUUGUUCCUAAGAGUGUUACUGGUGCUGCUUUCUAUUUUCUGUAGAACUGAAAUUUGUAAUAGUUACCUAGAUAUGAUUUUGGCAAAGACCAGUGGUGUGCUGUCACUGGGAGGGAGUGGGCGCCUGUAAUUCACUAAGUUAUGGUAAUAAUUAAUCCAAAAGGUCCAGCUUCCAGCAACAGAAUGGAAGUUGCCCCAAAUCCAAGGUUAUAGGACAAAGAAGAUUAAACGUGACUGCACACAUAAAUGUGGAAGAAGCUAAAUUUUCUUCUUUCCCUUUCUGACCAGACAGGAAUGAAAGCACCAGUAGUUCCACACUUGCCCAAAGUAAUAGCCCAAAUAAUAUCCCACUUUUUCUAUCUUUCCUACUGUACCCCAUAAUGAUUUUUAUGUGGAAUUUAUUUUUUAUUUUGUGCUAGUUGGAGGUACAUGUGGCAUUUACAAAAGUUCUUACAAUAUAUUAUACUUGCAUUCACCUCUCCAUCCUUCUCCUUUAUCCCCUCAUUCCUGGAAUAAUUUCAAUAGACAUCGUUUUUCCAGUGACCUACAUGUGUACACUGUAUUUGCACCAUAUUCACCUUCCUGCACUCUUUCCCCACAUCCUCCCACAUACACCCUGCCACAAACACCUCCAGGCAGGAUCUGUUCUGCCCUCGUGUUUUAUCUGAUUUUAUGAAAGAAAACAAUGACAUUUUUGCCUGUUUUUAAGAUAGCUACAUAGGAGGUUUCUUUGUGGCACUAGUAUGUAUAUAUGAAUUAUAGCCCAUAUUGGUUCAUCUCCUUUAUUUUUCUUUUUUCUACCCCAGUCCCUUUGUUAUGGUGGUUUCAGUUGACUUAAAAAAUUCUAUAUUCAUUCUUGUAUAGAGAGUACAUCAUUUAUAUUCACCUUCUUAAUUUCCUUCUUUUACCUUUCCUUUCUCAUAUGUG